AUGCCCGCAGUCACGUCCAAAAAACUAGUAAUUGUCGGUGAUGGUAUGGUGGGCAAAACAGCCCUCCUGCAGUCCUUUGUCAGAGGCAAGUAUGAGGGCGAUUAUACACCGACUGUUUUCGAAACCAGCGCCGAAGAAGUUCACCUCCCUGACGGACGCAGUGUGACUCUGAGUCUCUGGGAUACCGGUGGUCAGGAGGAGUUUGAUCAGAUAAGGCAGCUGGCCUAUCCCGGCGCGGCUGUCGUGAUCCUCUGCUAUGCCAUCGACUGCCAGACCAGUCUGCACAACGUGGUUCACACAUGGAACGGUGAGGUUCGUCAUUUCUGUCCCACAUCCCCCAUCAUUCUUGUUGGAUGUAAAUCUGACCUGCGACAGGCUCUACUGCCCUCGCAACAAACGAAGGCCUCUCCGCGUGCACUGAAGCACGACCAGCUGGUUGACCCCGAUGAGGCUUCUGACGUGCAGCAGCAGAUCGGCGCGCUCGUUCACCUUGAGUGUUCCGCAGUGACGAGGGCAAAUGUGAAAGCUGUCUUUCAGUUGGCUGCAAUGGCCGUCCUAAAUACGGAGAAGACUAACCGUCCCACUAUUUUCGGGAGUUUGAAUGUAAAAUCUGCAAGCAGCAAACACGGAUCCAAGAGGCGCAGUUCGAAAACGGAGCGCUCCAAAACUUGUUGCUUUCCAUUUAAACAAUCACGCGAAGGGUGA